AGCUUUAAGCUCAGUGUCGUUGCCUUUUUGGGCCUCUCUAAACCUGGUUCGAGACUAGAAGCGAGAUCGAGAAGGUGCGUGCUGGUGCAUGCUGAGUGGCCUUUCCAUCGGUGGACUGCACCGUUACGUACACGUGUACCUGUGGGGCACAACACCACACACGUUUUGGCCAAAAAGCUGAACGCGCCAAAUCGACACCGAACACACCCAAAUUUCUGCUGUACUGCACAUUCAUAAUGGCCCGGCCACAGGGAUCUAGCGGUACUAAACAGCUCGCUACCGAAGAGCGCCAGCGAAUUCGAGUUCUAUAUUUCGAUGCCAGCAAAAGCGAAGCCGAGAUUCACAGCAUUACUGGCUACACCAAGCCCAGAUCCGGACUGCUAUACGCACUAACGAUGCCGCUGUUGGGUGCCGUACUGGCCGGCCACGAACCUUGACCCCGGAGCAAGAAGAUGAACUUGUUUAAUAUGUUGUUUCUUGGUAAAAAGCUCGUCGAAUGGGCCUCCUCGAGCUCUUAAUGGUCAUCUUCGCCAGGGCUUAUAGUAUGUGGCUAAUUAAGUAUACCCUUUAUCGACUGGGCUUCCGCCGACGAGUUGCCCGCAAGAAGCCACCCAUUACCGAAAAGAACCAGAAGCUCCGACUAGCCUAGGCCCAAGAGCACGAGCACUGGACCCCCGAGCAAUGGGCAAAGAUUCUCUGGAUCAACGAGACCUGGGUUACUGGUGGCCUGUAUAGGAAGUAGUAUGUGACUCGGCGUCCAGGCGAGGAGCGGGAUCCCACUUGUAUUGUGGAAAAGCAUCAACAUAAGGGGGGCUGGAUGUUCUGGGGUUGCUUUUCUGGCUUGGGUAAAGGCCUAGGAAUCUUC